CCGGAGAUCAUCAACCCAAUCCCAUUUCCCCUUUCCAUAAACCUAGGCACCGAAUUCUCUCAUCUUCUGGAAUUUAUCGUUUCAUAAUUGUUCCGAAACCAUACGAGAAUGGGAGCUUCACAGAGUCGCGAAGGUCUCGAACUGUCUGACGAAUCGGACUACGAUGAAGAGGAGGGCAGUGGAAGCGAAGAUCAGUACGGAGACGCUAACGAUGAGAGAACACCGAACAAGACACCUGAUCAGGCCAGUCGCGAAACCCUAGACGACGUUGGUGCGAAGCUGGAAGCGUUGAAGCUGAAAUACUCUUCAGCCGAAAGGCCUAGCGGGAGUCGCAAAAACGCCGUCAAGCUAUACUUGCACGUUAAUGGUAACACGCCGAAGUGGGUGAUCAGCGAAAAAUUCGCCACCUAUGAAUUUGUAAAAAGAUUCAAAACUGGGGGCGAGGAUGAGGACGAGUCGGGAUCAAGAGAUGAGGGAUUUUGGGCUUUGAAGGUGGGGAAGAAGAUCUCUGCUAGAGUUUCCACUGAUUUGCAGUUGAAGAUGUUUGGGGAGCAACGGAGGGUUGAUUUCAUCGAUAAUGCAGUCUGGGCGUUGAAAUUCCCCACAGAUGAGGAGUACAGGGGUUUCCUCACCAAGUUUCAGGACUGUUUGUUCGAGAAUGUCUAUGGGUUGAGAGCAACCGAUGAUAACAAAAUCAAAGUUUAUGGAAAAGACUUUAUGGGGUGGUUGAAGCCAGAGGAAGCGGAUGAUAUGAUCUGGGAUGACCCUGAUGUAGGAGGGAAAAGCCCAGCAAUGCCUGUGAGAGAUAGUAAUGAGUUGCUGAAGGAAUUCGAGGAAGCUUCUUCCGGCGGAGGUAUACAGAGUCUAUCCCUGGGCGCUCUGGACAAUAGCUUCCUAGUGGAUUCUUCAGGAAUUCAAGUGGUAAAGAACUUCAGCCAUGGAAUACAUGGCAAAGGUGUAUAUGUGAGAUUUGAAGAUAGAGGCAGUAGGUGGGAUAGUCCUGAAAAGCCAAAGAAGGCACUUUUGAUGCGUGGUGAGACUAAUAUGAUGCUAAUGAGUCCUUUAAAAGAAGGUAGCCCUCAUUCCACUGGCCUCAAUCAAUUAGACAUUGAGACUGGUAAAAUUGUUAGCGAAUGGAAGUUUGAAAAGGAUGGCACUGAGAUAACAAUGAGGGAUAUAACAAAUGAUACAAAAGGGUCCCAAUUGGAUCCUUCAGAAUCAACCUUUUUGGGAUUGGAUGAUCGUAGGCUUUGUCAAUGGGAUAUGCGUGACCGGAAGGGAAUGGUUCAGACAUUAGCCAAUACGAGCUCGCCUGUAUUGAAUUGGUCACAAGGACACCAAUUCUCAAAAGGGACGAAUUUCCAAUGUUUUGCAACAACUGGCGAUGGAUCUAUUGUUGUUGGGUCAUUGGAUGGGAAAAUCCGUUUGUAUUCUAAGACUUCAAUGAGACAAGCUAAGACUGCUUUUCCUGGACUUGGUUCUCCUAUCACUAAUGUGGAUGUUACUUAUGAUGGCAAGUGGAUUUUGGGGACGACCGAUACGUAUCUGAUCCUCAUAUGUACAAUGUUCACGGAUAAGGAUGGGAAAACAAAAACUGGAUUUUCUGGUCGGAUGGGGAAUAAGAUUCCAGCUCCAAGAUUGUUGAAGCUAACCCCUGUUGAUGCGCAUAUGGCUGGACAUGAAAACAAGUUCCAUGGUGGUCAUUUCUCUUGGGUAACUGAGAGUGGGAAGCAAGAGCGGC